AUGAUGGCGAAUAUCGAAAUGGUAUAAAAAUUGGUAGAUGAGAUAUAUUUAAUUUUUAUAAUUAGGUGUAAAUUACUAAAAUUAAAAAUACUAGGUUGGAAUGCUUUAGUGGUGGUGGAUUACAUGAUGAAAGUAAUAAUGGGUUUAAUAUCUGGAGAUGGGAAGAAUUUGUUUAUUUAUAAGAAUUUACUUGUCAAGGUGAUUACAAAAAUGGUACAAAAGUGA